CAUAGCCAGAGAAGGCAAACCUAGUUACACGAAAGGCCACGCGUCACGAAGUUACAGCGCCACGCGGUUAGAAAAAUAUUGUUGCUAGAAUGCGGGCUAUGGUCUCCUCUUCUCGGGUGUGCAUUGUGAGCAGCGAUUUUGGCGCCCGGAGGAGCGCGCUGAGACGCUGCUGCGUUGUUUGCCGCGAUGGAGCGCGCGGUUUUGAUUCCAAGAAGAGCGAUAGGAAGGAGCGGGCGAGACCAAAGCCAGUGACCAAGCCUUUGGAAAGCAAGAGUGCUCAAUUUCCACCAGGCGAACAAGCUUUCGAGAAAGAUGACAAUACUGACUUUGAGGAGCGUCUUAAAGCAAUCAAAAGUUCUGGCGAAGAGCAGCUACGAAUCCAGAAGGAGAGAAAGUUUGGUCCUCUCGACUAUUCCAGUCCCCCAAAAGAAGAAAACAAGAACAACCUGCUUCUCAAGGCUGGUGCUGGGCUCGCUGUCUUGGGACUCAUUGUAUCAUUUGCAAUCGGCGACUUUCUUCCGACAGCAAGUACAAAUCUAGACAACGGUGUGGUUGCCAGCAAGAGGCUUAGGCCCCAAGAGGAGGAGAAAUUCAAGGCAGAACUUCAAAAGUUCGAGGAAGCUUUGAAAAAUUCUCCAGAUGAUUUGUCUGCGCUUGAGGGGGCUGCUGUUUCUUAUGCCGAGCUUGGUGAAUACGCUAAAGCUCAAACCAAUCUAGAGAAGCUUAUUCGGAUGUCUCCAAGCAAUGUGGAAGCGCUAAGGCUCUUAGCAGAGGUGAAAAGUUCGUUGAAUGAUUUUGAGGGAAGUUCCAAUGCAUAUCGCCAGGCGAUCAAAGCUUCUGGUUCGACCUCCAUGGAACUAUUGCUGGGACUCACUGAAGCUUUAAUAGAUGCCAAUAAACCUGGAGAGGCAGUGGACGAGCUUCUUAGAGCAAAGGAGACAACAAAAACGGCACCUGGUGUCCAACUCUUAAAGGCAGAUAAUGUUGAAGACAGAACUUCUAGUCCCGCGGAAGACGGAACCUCCUCCUCAUCAUUGGAUCCCGUGCAGAUUGAUCUCCUGCUUGGAAAAGCAUACUCUGCAUGGAAUCGUCCCACGGAUGCAUUAACCGUUUAUGAUGCUUUGAUAAAAGGCCGUCCGGAUGACUUUAGAGGAUACUUGGCCAAGGGAGUUCUAUUGAAGGAGCAAGGUCAGGCAAGCGAUGCUGAACGAAUGUUUAUCCAAGCACGCUACUUCGCUCCUGCAAAGGCUAAGUAUCUCGUGGACAAGUACACGAGACAGUAAAAGCGCUCGAGCUGAUCUAUACAGAGAUAACGUUGGCCAGCAGUAGCCACGAGAUUCCACUCGGGCAUAGCGUCAAACACCGACUUUGCGUCUUCCAGGAGGCCCUUUUGCGAUACAAGGGUCUGCUCCGGGGAGGCCCCAGAAACGAGGCUCCGCUCUGGGGACUUGUGAAACAGCUCGCUAGCUCUCUCAAGAUGCCCAUUCAAGGUAUUAGCCCAGAGCAGCUCUACGAGACAAUGCCCCUCUCUCUCUGGAAUAUCAUUGAACGUAUGAUCGAUACUGAAUCUCUCAGGCAUUGUUUGGAAGAGUUCUUGCGCCCAAGCGAGCGAUCUCUCCUAGAUUCCAGAUUUAAUUUACUAACCAUAAUUGACCAUUAAACAUCAUUAGUGUUUUUAAUA